AAAGGUUUUUUCAAGCGCUGAGUAUCUGGAUAGACGACCAAGGUCUCUUUGUAUCAACCUGUUCUCGAUCUGUCAAAUACCGCAAAGUCAAAGGUUGAACUUUAGUUGGUGAAGAUUGUGCGUAAGUUAUCUCAGUCUCAAUUGAUCAGCAGCUGCGGAAAGAUGUACGCAGGCAGCCUUGGGAGAAUAGCUCUGUGCAUAACUGCACUGUGGAUUUUUCCGGCUGUACUAGGGAAGGUAUACAACCGCUGCGAACUAGCCAAGGAGCUCCGCACCAAGCACAAGGCCUCUGAGAAACAGCUGGCUACCUGGGUGUGCAUCGCCCGCCACGAGUCCGAGUUCAACACGACCGCCUACGGUCAUACGCAGAGCGACCACGGUCUGUUCCAGAUCAGCGGUCGCUAUUGGUGCAGUGAGGAUGAGGCCGGAGAUAGCGCGAUCAACGCGUGCGGACUGAGCUGCGACAGUCUCAAAGACGAUGAUAUUGGCGACGACUUCGUGUGUGCCCGCCGCAUCUAUCGACAACAUCAAAAGCUGAGUGGCAACGGGUUCAAUGCCUGGGUGGUGUACAGGCCUCACUGUGCUGAUGGCAAAGCAACUAAAUAUUUGGAGGGAUGUUUCCCAUAAUAAAUUAUGUAGUAGUUAUUCAAAUGGUGAAUAAUAGCAUAGAGAAACAAUCGUGUAAGUAGAUAUCCCAUGGUAUAGGAAAUUUAUGUCGCAACUUUUACUGUUAUCUCAAGCCGAUUACUGUCAAUUUUUACUGUUUUGUUGGGGUGAUAAUGUAUGAACGGCACAAUUUGAGCUUCAUGGGAAAGAAUUAUGUGAACUAUCGGCAUGGGGAUAACAGUAAAACUUGCGACAUAAACGCCCUGUACCAUGGGAUAUCUAAUAUAUGCUAUCGUUUCUCUAUGAUAAAAGUGAGAAUUCUCACUUGGCAAUUAGUUUAAAUUCAUGUUGGAAUAGUUUGAAUUCAUAUUGAAAUAGUUUGAAUAAAUGAUGAAAUUUGAUUAAAUUUAUGAUUAUAUAUAUUAUAUUAUAAAUAAUGAUUAAAUUUAUGUUCAAAGCUUCAAAAGUACGGUAGCUUAACAUGAAGAAGUUAUGCAAAAAUGAAUAAUAUUGGUAAUUAUAUUAUUCCUAUUACUUUGAAAUAACACACGAGGGGUGUAGAAUUUUUGUUAAAAGUAGAUCAACAUGAAGAAGUUAUACAAAAAUGAAUAAUAUUGGUAAUUAUAUUAUUCCUAUUAGUUAGAUUAUGUAUAUGUUAGAAGUUAUACAAAAAUAAAAACUUGUUGGUUGUAAGAACUAUUAUUACUAUCAUGCAACGGAUUCAAUGCCUGGGUGGUGUUCAGGCCUCACUGUGCUGACGGCAAAGCUAGUAAAUAUUUGAGGGGGUGUUUUUCCUAAUAAAGUUAUUUUAAUAUUGAACAAUUGUGAGAUUAUUCCUAUCAGUUGGAUAUAGCACGAGGGGGUAUAGAAUUUUUGUUCAAAUAUAAGUAAAAAUCAUUACUUCUGGUUUUUGAAAUACUGUAAAACUGGGUGGUGUAGAAUUUCUUUACAAAGUACGGUAGAUUAAUGUGAAGAAGUUCUACAAUAAUAGAUAAAAGUGAGAAUGAUAAUUAUCCCUAUUGUUUGAAAUAACACUAGGGGAUAAAGAAUCUGGUGUGAAUGUAAAAAUACUCCAUUGGAAAUUCGAGUUUUUGGGUCAUAAAGAUAAUACUACAGAAUUACUGCUACUACAGUUAGCUUACUAUAAACAGUACCUAACUGUAAUAUUAUACUAUACAGAUUGGGUCUAGUGGAACACACAUUUGAAAUGAGUUCAUUUUGUUUCGUGCAUGUACCGUAUUGAAAUAAAUACUUGGAGUGAUGCUUAUCCUAAGACAUUGGAGAUGUGAAUAAGUGUCUUUCUAAAGAAUAAUAACGAUUAGCCAAAAGAAUGUAAGUGUUUUUUCACUUUGAAAUUAUAAAAAUACAAUAGUAAUAAUAACGAUUAAACUGGGAUGUAAUUGAAUUGGUUUUGUAAUUUUUUUUAAUAACUUGUAGGAAAUGAUGCCUUAUAAUAUUGUGUAUUCUGCUUCGACCAGCCCUGUGAUGAAAAUAUUAUAUUCUAUU